GGGCGCGCGGCCGCACUCGGGCCCGGGCCCAUGGGCGCGCGUGGCCGGACUUGGGGGUGCUGAUCGGGCGGGCGCGGCCGGAGGAGCCAUGGACUGCAGCCUGGUGCGGACGCUCGUGCACAGAUACUGUGCCGGGGAGGAGGACUGGGUGGACAGCCGGACGGUCUAUGUGGGCCACCGGGAGCCCCCGCCAGGCGCCGAGGCCUACAUCCCGCAGAGGUACCCGGACAACAGGAUCGUCUCCUCCAAGUACACAUUUUGGAACUUCAUACCCAAGAACUUAUUUGAACAAUUCAGAAGAAUAGCCAACUUUUAUUUUCUUAUCAUAUUUCUGGUACAGCUGAUUAUUGAUACGCCCACGAGUCCGGUGACGAGCGGUCUCCCGCUGUUCUUCGUCAUCACGGUCACAGCCAUCAAGCAGGGCUACGAGGACUGGCUGCGCCACAAGGCGGACAACGCCAUGAACCAGUGCCCCGUGCACUUCGUGCAGCACGGCCGGCUGGUGCGGAAGCAGAGCCGGAAGCUCCGGGUCGGGGACAUCGUCAUGGUCAAGGAGGACGAGACCUUCCCCUGUGACCUGAUCUUCCUGUCCAGCAGCCGUGCGGACGGGACCUGCCACGUGACCACCGCCAGCCUGGAUGGGGAGUCCAGCCACAAAACUCAUUAUGCGGUUCAGGACACAAAGGGGUUCCAUUCGGAGGAAGACGUCGACAGUCUCCACGCAACCAUCGAGUGUGAGCAGCCCCAGCCCGACCUCUACAAGUUCGUCGGCCGCAUAAAUGUUUACAACGAUCAGAAUGACCCCGUGGUGAGGCCAUUAGGAUCGGAAAACCUGCUUCUUAGAGGAGCCACGCUAAAGAACACUGAGAAAAUCUUCGGUGUUGCUAUUUACACGGGCAUGGAGACCAAGAUGGCACUGAACUACCAAUCAAAGUCCCAGAAGCGCUCUGCUGUUGAGAAAUCGAUGAACUUGUUCCUCGUCGUGUACCUGUGCAUCCUCAUCAGCAAGGCGCUCAUCAACACCGUCCUCAAGUACGUGUGGCAGAGCGAGCCUUUCCGGGACGAGCCGUGGUACAACCAGAAGACGGAGGCCGAGAGACAGAGGAACCUGUUCCUCAGGGCCUUCACGGACUUCCUGGCCUUCAUGGUUCUCUUCAACUACAUCAUCCCUGUGUCCAUGUACGUCACCGUGGAGAUGCAGAAGUUCCUGGGCUCCUACUUCAUCACCUGGGACGAGGAGAUGUUUGACGAGGAGACGGGGGAAGGGCCGCUGGUCAACACCUCGGACCUGAACGAGGAGCUGGGGCAGGUGGAGUACGUGUUCACGGACAAGACGGGCACCCUCACCGAGAACAACAUGGAGUUCAAGGAGUGCUGCGUGGAGGGCCACGUGUACGUGCCCCACGCCGUCUGCAACGGCCAGGUGCUCCCCGACGCCUCCGCCAUUGACAUGAUCGACGCCUCCCCGGGCACCAGUGGGCGGGAGCGGGAGGAGCUGUUUUUCCGGGCCCUCUGUCUGUGCCACACCAUCCAGGUGAAGGACGACGACGAGGUGGACGGACCCCGGAAGUCGCCGGACUCGGGGAAGCGCUCCGCGUACAUCUCGUCCUCGCCUGAUGAGGUGGCCCUGGUCGAGGGCAUCCAGAGGUUUGGCUUCACGUUCCUGAGGCUGAAGGACAAUUACAUGGAGAUGCUGAACCGGGACAAUGACGUCGAGAGGUUUGAGUUGCUGGAAAUUUUGAGUUUCGACUCCGUAAGAAGGCGAAUGAGUGUAAUUGUCAAGUCUGCUGCAGGAGAAAUUUACCUGUUUUGCAAAGGAGCAGAUUCUUCCAUAUUUCCCCGAGUGAUAGAAGGCAAAGUGGACCAGAUCCAAUCCAGAGUGGAGCGCAACGCGGUGGAGGGGCUCCGGACCCUGUGUGUGGCCUACAAGAGGCUCGUCCCGGAAGAGUACGAAGGCAUCUGCAAGCUGCUGCAGGCCGCCAAGGUGGCACUUCAGGACCGGGAUAAGAAAUUGGCCGAAGCCUACGAGCAAAUAGAAACAGGUCUGAUCCUGCUCGGCGCCACAGCCGUGGAGGACCGGCUCCAGGAGAAGGCGGCUGACACCAUCGAGGCGCUGCAGAAGGCAGGCAUCAAGGUGUGGGUGCUCACGGGCGACAAGAUGGAGACGGCGGCCGCCACCUGCUACGCCUGCAAGCUCUUCCGCAGGAACACGCAGCUGCUCGAGGUCACCACCAAGCGGCUGGAGGAGCAGAGCCUGCACGACGUGCUCUUUGAGCUGAGCAAGACAGUGCUACGCUGCAGCACCAGCCUCACCCGGGACAGCUUCUCGGGACUCUCCGCCGACAUGCAAGACUACGGUUUAAUCAUCGACGGAGCCGCGCUGUCCUUGAUCAUGAAGCCUCGGGAGGACGGGAGCUCCAGCAACUACCGCGAGUUGUUCCUGGACAUCUGCCGGAACUGCAGUGCCGUGCUCUGCUGCAGGAUGGCCCCGCUGCAGAAGGCCCAGAUUGUUAAGUUAAUCAAGUUGUCCAAAGAGCACCCUAUCACCUUGGCGAUCGGCGACGGCGCAAAUGAUGUCAGCAUGAUCCUGGAGGCCCACGUGGGCAUCGGCGUCAUUGGGAAGGAAGGUCGUCAGGCUGCAAGAAACAGUGACUACGCAAUACCCAAGUUUAAGCAUUUAAAGAAGAUGCUGCUUGUUCAUGGGCAUUUUUACUAUAUUCGAAUAUCCGAGCUUGUGCAAUACUUCUUUUAUAAGAAUGUCUGCUUCAUUUUCCCUCAGUUUUUAUACCAGUUCUUCUGUGGAUUUUCACAGCAGACUCUGUAUGACACUGCCUACCUGACGCUCUACAACAUCAGCUUCACCUCCCUCCCCAUCCUGCUCUACAGCCUGAUGGAGCAGCACGUCGCCACGGACACGCUCAAGAGGGACCCUGCCCUCUACAGGGACAUCGCCAAGAACGCGCUCCUGCGCUGGCGCGUGUUCAUCUACUGGACGCUCUUAGGCUUGUUCGACGCGCUGGUAUUUUUCUUCGGUGCUUACUUCAUGUUUGAAAACACGACUGUGACCAGCAACGGGCAGGUGUUUGGAAACUGGACGUUCGGGACCCUGGUUUUCACAGCCAUGGUGUUCACAGUCACCCUGAAGCUGGCGCUGGACACCCACUACUGGACCUGGAUAAACCACUUUGUCAUCUGGGGGUCGCUGCUGUUCUACGUCGUCUUUUCCCUCCUCUGGGGAGGAAUCAUCUGGCCCUUCCUCAGUUAUCAAAGGAUGUACUACGUGUUCAUACAGAUGUUGUCCAGCGGCCCCGCCUGGCUGGCCAUCGUCCUGCUGGUCACCGUCGGCCUGCUGCCCGACGUCCUCAAGAAGGUGCUGUGCAGGCAGCUGUGGCCAAGCGCCACCGAACGAGUGCAGAGGAGCCCGAGCCGCCCAGCCCCGGCCAACGCCGCGCCGAGCCCCGACCGGCCGCUGCUGACGGACCCCGAGCCCCGGCCGAGGCGCGAGUAGCAGGAGGAUAGACCUCGCGCUCCGUGUCAGGACCACCUCUGGGGAGUUACCCACUUGCUUCUCUGUAGUCUCCAGCCCCAGGCAGCGCCCUGGAAGGCAGGGAACGCGGGGCCCCUCCUGCUCCGUCUCUCCCACCCGCGGCCCCAGGGGCGACCACACGCAAGGGUCCAGCCGCGAAGGGCCGCGUGGCGUGUGCUGCUCUUGCGGCCGGAAGAGCAGGAAGACGGGACAGGCGUCCCCGAGUGGCGACCGGGAAGGACACGCACGAGCCCGCUACCCUCCCUGGCCCCGUGGCGAGGGGAGGACUUCUGCUCGGGGGUCUCGGUCCGCUCCAGGCACGGCCACCACACCAGGACCUCCGGGGAGCAUGGCUAAGCCUCGCAGGCGGGGGUCCGGUCUGCUCCGUCCUCCCAAGCCUGACACCUCUGCUUUCGGAGCGGCCGGCGGACACCCCAGGACCGGCCCCCCGCCCGGUCCACGGCUGCCGUCCAGACCUGCGCGUGGUGGCGCUGACCGCGGGGCGAGUCUGGCCCGACCCCGCCCCUCCGGGGGAGGUGCUGCCCGCGUGCCCAGGGAGCCCCCUCUCUGUCCCCCGCUGCCUCUAGGGGGGCCUGGCCCGUAAGGCACAAGCUCCGAGAGGUGCCCCUUCCCGCUCCGAGGGCGCAGGCGCGGUUUGCUGUUGUGGGAAGGGUGUUUCGGGGUUUGCGGGGACGCGUGGGGUCUGGGUGCCGGGGGCCGGCCUCUGCUGCGGUGCUCAGACCCCCACGGGGAGCGGCCUCUCGGGCGCGUGGGCCCCCAGAUCCGUGCCGGGCUCAGGGUCGCCGGGGCGGCCCGGGAAACCCAAGAGCAAUGCCGCCGCCCGCACGCCGCCCGCAGGCAGCUGCGCGGUAAACCCUGUCGCUCUCCUGUAACGGAAUCUCCGUUUCUAGAAAUAACCCGUUCGACGUAGCCUUAAAGGUCCGUAAGGAAAACAUUUCAGUUUGAGGUUCAAACUUCAGAAGGUACAACAGACAGCGUUUUAGGGGAGGGUCACCCGGAAGCCAAGCGCUGCCCCCGCAGGCCGCCCUGUGGGCCGAGGCCCGUGCUGAGCCCGCCGGGUCCGCCCCCGCGUCGCCCGGACCGCGUGGUUCGCUGGGGUGGUGCUCACCUGGGAGAGCCUGAUUUGACCGAGGGGAGGAGCUGACCGCAGGAACAGGGUACCCAGGUGGCGCGGAGGAAGCAGGACGCAUACCAAAGAGUGGGGUGAGGGCCGCGGGGGUGAGGCUGGGGUGGGGGCGUCCUCCCGAGGCCCCGCCCCCUCGCUGUUCCUCAGGCCCGCGGCCUGCGUGUGGCCCACACUAGACCCUGCAAGCAGCGGUGUGUGCGUUUUUACAGCCGUUUUUAAGAACCUAAAAUGGGUAUAAAUGUCAUACCUGUGGGGGGCAGAUUCUCUGUAUGUUUAGUUAACAAAUUCUUUGUAAUGUAUUUUUUUAGAGAUCUUAAAAUUGCCUUUGCACUGAAGUAUUUUCAUAGCUGUUUAUAUCUCUUUUAUUCCUUUAUUUGUUAACGUACCAUAUCUAAUUUUUAAAGUAUGUUUUUAAAGCUUUUAUUUUUUAAGUUGAAGACAUUUUGGCCACUUUACAUUUAAAUUCUGAUGAACGUUUUGGCUGAAUGUCUCAAUAUCUGAUGAAUGUGAAUUUUCAGAUUUGACUUUAUUCUCUGCACCUGUUUUGUUUUUGGUGUUUCUGGCAGUAGCGAGUAGUUACAAGGCAUAGAGUCUGAUCAUUUGCUCUGCUCUUUCUUCACCAUUCAUUGCAAUUUCAUCUGCUUUUUGUUUAGUUUUUAGUUUCUAGCCUUCAGCCUUAAAAUAGGAGCUUCUUGACGGUUCGCUGUCUCCUUUCUGCCUGUAUCCAGACGGUUAUCACUUACCUCGGAUAAUUCAAGUCUCCUUAGGACAGUUACUGACCAUUACACGCCCCAGUACGUCUUCUUAAAAUUGUUUGGGAAGUUCCUAAGUGCGCCUGAAAAUGUGAGAUGGACCAGGGGCAUGAGACCAGAGGCCGGAGAGGGACGGGGAACCAGGGAAGGGACAUUUCAGACAAGACAGUGUGGCUCCCACCUGGCGGUGGGCAGUGCUUACUCGCCUUAAACUGACCUUAGAGCAAGUAAUUUAAGCAUCUUCCUUGGUUUUGAAAAUCUUACAGCUGCACAAUAACCACGUAUUAACAUUUCCCCCGUUGGUCCGGAUGUCUGGUUCCCGACCGCCACGCCACCCCCCAGAGCUAGCUGUCUGUGCGGCCACUCCACCGGAGGAGACCCGCCCUCGGGACCACCGCCAGACCCUCCCAGCUGCAGCCACGUCCCGGCUGGGAGAAGAGACGCUCUCUCGGCCACUCCUGUUAGAACCCCAGUCAGCCCAUUCCCGUGCCCUUAACUCCACGGGCGGACAUAGACCAAACGACCCCCAGAGGCGCGGCCCGGAGAGGCUCGCUGGGGGCGGAGCUUCCGCAGCGACAGGUCGCAGCCGCCUAGUAGCCUUGUGAGACUUUGCAGCUUGAACUUACAGCAAUGCCUCGCACACAGUUUAACUAUUCUUAAAUUCAUGGGCAUCAACCAAAAGUUCAGGGCAACCUAAGGGAAGUUUCCAGCCUUUUUCUUUAAAACCACUAAGUUCAUCUGUUUUGCACUGAUUAUGAAUAACCUGAUGCAACCACUUCUGCUUAUCUUAAUUAAUGGUAUUUAUUUAACAACUCAGUGUAACAGCUUGGUAUGCACUUUCUUUUGGAAGUUUCCCAUUUCUAACUUUAAAAACAGGAAAAAUGUCAGCUGGCAAAUGCAUUCAUUCUGUUGUCAUUUUUUUUUAAUAAGUUAAAGGGUAGAUGAAUGGGGGUGAGAAUCGUUUUGAUGUCUAUAAACAAAGCUUUAAUGAAGAUGUGUUGGAGUAUUAUUAAAGUGUGAUUCUACUUUUGCAGAAAAAAUCUAAAGAUCAGUUUAUAUAGCUUUAUUUUUUACCUUAUCAAAAUAUACAGAAUUUUAAUAUGCAUAUAUUGUCUCUGACUUAAAAUUAUGUGCGUCUGCAUUGCUGUUUAAAAUGUUCAUUAUGUAAUGUGAUAAAAGAGAAUCUUCAAAAAUAUAUUUAACACAAAUGUAUCUAUAGGUAUUGUCAUCAUAAAUACUGGAAUUUAUUUUUAAAUUAUUGAAUAUAGUAGGUGUGUUUAAGAUAAUAAAUCAACCUCUGAACAGUAAUGUUUAAUUGAUAAUUUAUUAAUCUGCUUUGAAAAAUUAAAUGGUGAAUUAAACCAAAUCUUAAAUUUCUGUAAAAUUUAUUUUGUAUGCUACUGUUUUUAACUUUUAUUUCUGUAGAUAAAGUAUAUCUUCAUAAUAUUAAUUAUGAUUGGACUUUUCUGCAGAAUAUCUAGGCAGGAGACCUGAAUCUGCUUGCAAUAAAGAAGAAAAAGUU